AUGACUGGAGUAGGGGAGACCAGGAUCGGCUUCCGUAGUCUUCUCUUCAUUGCUGUCCUGGUUCAUUACUGGGUGCCAGCAGACUGCUAUGCAAACGGCAAGGUCACCAAAUCCUGCAGCAGCAUGGAGCCCCACCAUAGGGUCCUUGGUCAGACCACUCCCAGCCCCUACCACCUCACAGUCAACGCCAUGACAUACAGACCAGGAGACCAGAUCCAAGUCAUCCUCUCUGGAAGCUCGUACUUUGAGGGCUUCCUGCUUCAGGCAAGAAAUACAGCUGUUCAGGGCUCAGCGUCUGUGGUGGGGACCUUCACCCUGACAGAUCCAAAGAGGACUCAGCUGCUCACCUGUAAUAAAGUCAAGCGUUCAGCAGUGAGCCAUACCAGUGCAGACCAAAAGAAGGAGGUCAUUGUCAUCUGGACUGCUCCCUCUUAUCCCGUAGACCAGGUUCAAUUUUUUGUGACUGUUGUUCAAAGCUUUAAAGCAUUCUGGGUGAAGGUGCCAGGACCAAUCAUCCAUGGGAAUGGCUUUACUCCAAAACCGGUGACCACACCUCCUUCAUUUCACACAACCAUUCCCUCUAUCCUGCCCGGGCCUUUUACCUCAAAGGGAUGUGGCGAAUCAAAAUCCUGCCUGUUGGAUCCUCCAGGCUGUAAUCCAGAGGAAGAUUCUUUCUGCUUCUUCUUGUCCAUGACUGCAGAGGGGGCAAAGUCUGUAAUGUUUGAGCUGAGUGGACCAGCAGAGGGGUACAUCGCCUUUGCACUGUCCCGGGACACAUGGAUGGGCAAUGAUGAUGCGUACAUGUGUGUCAAAGAGGGGGACAGAGUAUCGGUGAGUGCUGCAACUCUCUGUGGACGAACUGAGCCUGAAGAUGAGUCAAAGUCUGGUUUGUCCUCUGUGUCAUGGCGGCUGGCAGAUGGAGCAAUUCAGUGCAGAUUCAGUAGACUGGUCCGACUGGCCAAUCAGGAAUCAGCUCGCUUCAAUCUGGACAGAGACUACUAUCUGUUUCUAGCUAAUGGAGGUACUCAGGAUGGUCAACUGUUUCAACACAGCCGCCAGCCGCUAAUCUCCACCCAGAGUAAACUCAUCACUGGACCCCCUGAAGUCCUGAGGGGUUCCCGAGCACCCAUCCUAAUGAAAAUGCAUGGUGCACUAAUGAUGCUAGCAUGGAUGCUAACAGGAAGUGUUGGUACCUUCAUUGCAAACUUCUUUAAACUGGACUGGCAAAAUCGAUCUCUUCUUGGUCAGAAAGUCUGGUUCCAGGUUCACCGGGGGCUGAUGAUGCUCACUGUGGCUCUGACUAUUACAUCCUUUUGCCUCCCAUUUUUCUAUAGGAGAGGUUGGAGCAAGGGUGCAGGUGUCCAUCCAUACCUUGGCCAUACUGUUCUUGCAUUAUCUCUAAUUCAGCCCAUAAUGGCUGCAGUCAGACCCCCACCAGACUCAGACAGGAGAUUCAUUUUUAACUGGGCCCAUUUUGGAUUUGGGACAGCAGCAGAAGUCCUGGCAGUGAUUACCAUGUUCAUGGGAAUGCGUCAGUCAUCACUGCUCCUCCCUCAGCCCUGGGCAACGCAUGUUCUGAUUGGCUAUGUAGCAUGGAUGGUCUCGUUCAGGGCCCUCUUCAUGGUGCAAAAACACCGCUACUGGAAAAAUUCAGCGUGGAACUCCUUUGACCAAUCAGAGAGCUCACACGGAAGCUCCAGAGUGAAGUCUCUGCUCCUGACUGUGUUUGCUCUGGGAAACUCUGGAUUCCUGGUGGCUUUGUUGUCUUCUGUAGCAAAACUUUGA